AUGGCGGAUGAGGCCAGCGAUACCACUCUUGCAGAGUUUCUCGCGAGCGUAUGCGGUGGCGCGUGGCUGCGCUGCAAGCUUCACACGCGCGCAAUGGUCUUCCAGACGGUGGCGCAGCUGAUGCCGGCCUCAGCUUCAGCCCUACUUCAGCGCAGCGCUCUCGACUUUUCAACCCUUGUCAAGGUGGCGCUGCCGCACGUGCUGCCAGCGGACGUGAUCUCGCUUGUCGCCGUCGACGCCGACGUUCUGUGGCGAGCCGACGUGGCGGAACUAUGGGCCGUCUUUGAGACUGCGCGCGCCGCCUCGUCAGCAAUCGCCUUCGGCAUGGCGCUCGACGCAAUCCGUCUGCGCAAGUGGAAGCCGCAGUAUUGGUUGAGGCCGUACGCCGCGGCACCGUACAAUGGCGGCCUCGUCCUGAUGGACCUCGCCCGCGCGCGCAGCCAGCAUUGGCUCAACGUGAGUAGCCACGCGGUGUGGCGCGCGCUCGGCGCGGCUGGCCCAUCCGCGCGCCUCGAGUUUGGCGACCAGGACUGGUUCAAUGCGGCGUUCGCGCGCCAUCCAGCCAUGGUGGCAGAGCUGCCGUGCACGUGGAAUAUUCAGUUGUCGGCGCUGCGCUUUCUGCCGAAGCGCGCGCAGCUGGUGCUGCCGUGCGGUUCGCUUUACGAUGGGUCCGCCGCCUCGCUCACUUCGGGCGCCAAGUUGCUGCACGGCUCGGCCUGGAGCUUCCCUGGGAACACCGGCGGUCGCGCAGUCGACGCCGGCGCGCCGCACGCCGUCGAGCAUGCCCGCUAUGCAGCAAUGGCGCCAUGCGAGUUGCCGCGCGUCGCGUGCCGUGCCGCCGAGGCGGCGUCGAACCGCUCGCUGCGCGGCAGGGUUUGGGCGGAGUGGCCGAUGCGUCGCGCGGCCAUGUCACCGCUGCGGGCUGCGGGGCCCGCGACACGCCGCAUUGCACCCGCUAACGACGACGACGGCACCAAGCCCCUGCCCACUGCGCCCACUGCCUCCCACACCACCGCCGCGACAUCUCGCGUGGAGCUCGUCAUCGGCGUGCUUGGACGCGCAGCGCACGUGGAGCGCCGCGACGCGAUCCGCCACGGUCUGCACACACUCACAUUCGCCUACCCGUCGUACCACCUAGCAAAGCGCGUUGCGCUCGCGGCCGAGAUGCGGCGUCACGGCGACGUACUGGUGGCCAACUGUAGCGACUCCGACGGCUUUGUCCCGGGGGGCGCGGUGCCCGCGCGCAGCCGUUCGGACCCCGAGGCCAGCAAGCUGCUCGCACUGCUCCGCUGGGCGAUUGAGGCGCACCCGCGUGCGGGCUAUGUCAUGCGCAUCCACGACGACACGUACGUGCGGGUGCACGCGCUGCUCCGCGCGAUCCGCGCCGAGCCGAUCCCGACAUCGCACCUCAUCUGGGGUCGGUUCGUGCGCGGGUGCCGUAAUGACGACGUGCAGAGGCUGCGUGCGGGCGGGCUGAAGCGCAACGAGUCGUUGUGGCUCUGCAUGCUGCCCAAAUCGCUCCGCCCGAGCUUCGCCGAGGGCCUCUUUCUCUUCCUGCCCUACCCGUCGGGCCUCGGGUGGGUCUACUCUCGUGAUGUGGCCGAAUGGGUGGCGCACAGCCGCCUGCCAUUUCGUCGUAUCUGGCCCGCCGACGCCACCGCCGGACUGUGGACAGCGGCGCUCGACAUCCGACAUUUCGACGACGAGCGCUUCCACGACAUCAGCGGCCGCGGUGGACUGCAGCGGUGGUGCGAUGCGACCAGCCUGGCAAUCCACUACAUGGACGCGCGAGCGUGGGCGGCCGUCGAUCGCUGCGGCUGCCUGGCGUGCGGCAAUGGCACGUGCCCGCCGCCGCCACCCAAGGGGGCCACCUGUGAGCUUGGGCGGCCGCAUUGA